UCCGUUUACGAGUAUGAAUGACGUCGAGAAAAAGUUCUUUGCUUUUGUGUGUUGUAGCUUCGUAAUUUAUUUGUUCAUUCACGGCGCGGAAACGAAAUGGUCCAUAGGAGACCCGUGCUGCACGAAGUGCGGGGACAACCAUACCAUGUGCAGGUUCAAGGAGCUGAAGUACGGCGAAAGGUGCAUAAGGCCCACUCUGAUCCAAAUCGAUAACUCUCUGAUGAAAAAGAUCGUUCACACGCUGAACUUCAAGAGAAACGAUCUAGGCCGCAAGUUGAAAGCAACCGCACUCCACUACGUUAAAUGGAAUCAUGAGUUGCAGAACUUAGCAAAUCGAUGGGCAGCGCAAUGCAUACCAGAACGAGAUUUGUGUAGAGACCGAGUGGAUUCUCUAGUCGGCCAACUGGUUCAAAGGAAACUCAGCGUUUCCCUGGAUCCAAGCAACGAAAUCUUAUCAACGAUAAAGUCUUGGUUUUAUCUGUCGAACAGACAGUUGAUUCGAGGAUCUGGACGUCGCUACUUCUGGGUAACCGAUAGCGAAUAUUUCAACCAGGUCAUGCUGCACGAAACAAAGGAAGUCGGCUGCAGCGCGCUGUUUAAUAUCCACUCUCAAAGCGGACAACGCAACCUCCACAUCGUCUGUAACUUCGUACCAGCUAUCUUAAAAGUGGACACGUACCUCUUCAGGACUGGUAUGCCGACCUGCUCCGAGUGCCCACCGGGUACGAAAUGCAGUUCCAAUGUUUUUCCUGUCCUGUGCUUAGGCUCAGAAAGAACUAGCUACAAUCUAAGGAUUUUAACAGCUUUUUUGAUCUGGGCUUGCUUUUAAAAAGACUCAUUCUUGACUUCCUGUUUCCUUUUACAAAUGUUAAAAACAUUUUCUUA